AUGGAUAUCACAACUGGCUCGCGACCAAAGCUUUCCAAGACAUGCGAUCAAUGCAAGGCCCGCAAGGUGCGGUGUGUGAAGACACCAUAUUCCGAUACGGCAGUCUGCAAAUACUGCGAGAAGCGCGGCCUUGCCUGCCAUUUCGAUGUCAAGAAACCCCGCGUGAGGCAAACAGCCCGUCCGGGAGGAGAACAGCCUGACUCACCUCUCCACGAAUACCAACCACCUUUUCUUGCGGCUCCUGGCCCGGACUCUCCAGCUUUGAAUCUAGAGCAGUUACUGUACUGUCCCACCGACGGCGAGACGACUACAUCCACUGCACGCUCUAUACAACCAUAUCCCCAGCCACCAAAGGUGGAUUUUCGACCGCAGAGACUAUACGUAGACUAUCUGCUCGAGGAUCGAGGGAUGGCUUCUCGAUGUCGGGGCGGGCAGUCGCUGCUAAAGGCUCACGACCAGUAUGUGGGGAGCUCUGGAAUUGCAUUCUUCUCCGACCGGAGAAUAGCAUCCAUCACGGAACGCCUACGCCACCGAAAACUCGGCGACAUUAUCGAAAGGCUUGCUAACAGUGUUCGAGACCGGGUCAGCCGCACGUCAUAUCCAUCACUAGCACCAAUAAGGGCUUGUGAUUCUGCUGCUGCCCCAGUGGAGCUGCCGACGGAGUACCAAGGAUUGUACAUUGCCACGUACUUUCAGCAGGUCCACCCAAUUUAUCCUAUCCUUGAUCAAAAGGCGUUGUGGAGAAUGCCGCAUAUAGCCCGCAGCUACCUGAACUUUUGGAGACGACUCCCGCUCGAUCAGCCUUGCACAGGAAGGGCAUGGGAACUGUUUCGCGUCGCGCUCGGCUUGUUCCCAGACAUUCUGCUUUUGCGAGAGGGGGUGUUAAAUAUUCAGGCAGUGGCUACAAUGGCUAUCUUUACUCAAACAUCCUGCUGUAUUCAUCUUACCCACGUAUUGACAACCGAAGCUGCAAGGAUGAUACAGCUAUCCAGCAUGAGCAGGGGAGUAGUCGAUGCUGCAAGUGCCGCCGCCUACCAGAGAACGUUUUGGGUGAUAUACAUAUUGGAGAAGAUGCUGUCAUUUGCCUGUGGACGGCCUUCGGUCUUGAGUGACGCCGACAUUGGGACGCCCAUCCCAUAUGCUCCAGAGGCAGUUUUCGGAACCUUCGACUGGCUGCAGGCGAUGGCUCGCUUCAGUCGGUUCCUAUCCAAGGCAUACAGCUCCCUGUUCUCGAUAAGCACGACGCUGGUAUCUCCCGACACACUGCAUGCUGCAAUGGAUAUUUACAUGGGCGAGCUGGAAGCGUGGAGAAUCGCCGUGAUCGCGUUGUUCAGGCUGUAUCUGAACCUUCCCCGGGGAAAGGACUCUGAGCAGAGAAGCACAGAUUGCGAGAAUGCACUAUUGUCCGCCGCCAGUAGGAUCGUUGAGCUGACAAAAUAUAUCGACCUAGCAAGCUCUACUCCAGUUUGGGUCAUGCUCUCUGUCCCUUUGUCAGCGUCGUUUAUCCUCUUCGACUUCAUUGUCCACCAUCCAGCGCACCCAGACACGACGGCCACCCUUUCUCUGCUGAGCGCAGUCGCGGCGUACUUUUGCCACCUGGACUACGCCUCCGGCGGGAUGAUGCCCGUCUCCCUGCUGUCCGACAUGGCUUCUAUAGCACGAGACUAUAUCAGGGACAGCAGUAAUUACAGCAAGAGCAGCCCUGGUGAUAGGACGGUGCAUGACAAGUCUCCUCUUGCCGGCGUUUCUCAGCAGCCACUCGACCCGUCGGCACAUGCUCCCGGCGGCGGUGCUGGUGCUCCAUUAGAUGAUAUACUGGACAUAGCGAACCCCACUAGCGGCGCCGUGGACGGUGUUGAUUGGUCCAUGCUGGAUAGCAUAGCAGGCGGCAUCGACUUUAUGGAUUUGUUUACAGGGGGCGUUGAACAGCUUGCAAUACUGUGUACCACUGGAUCCCACCUGAUAGGGGGAAGGACAAAAGAAAAAAAGAAAAAACGACGAGGACAGGAAGCAAUGCGGACGGGCGUUCAACCGAGCAGCAUGCCCAUCUUGUCACGCCGUUACCCGCGUUGGGUUAGAUAA